UAAUUCAAACCGACUGAUGGAUCCUCGGGCGAUAUAGAAAAACCAUCGGAAAAAAAGAAAGAGAAAAAAACUAGAAAACAAAAAAGACGCACAGACCAAAAUAUUCCUCACUCAAUCGAUCGGAUUCUGAAACCUUAGCAGAAUCCAAAUUGUAAUGGCAGACGAGAACGGCAUUGGCAGAUCCGAGAGUCGACUAGCGUCGAUGGACUCGGUGGAGUCACGGUGGGUGUUUCAAGACGACGACGACGACGAGGAUGAUUCACUGAUGGACGACGACGACGACGAACAUAGUCGACUGCGGCGCGGUGGUGGAUUAGACUCCGAGGAGGAAGACGAGGAGGACACGGCCGAGCAGCGGCUGAUCCGAACUGGUCCCCGCAUCGACUCCUUCGAUGUCGAAGCCCUAGAGAUCCCCAGCGCCCACCGCAACGACUACUUCUACGAGGAAUUGGGCGUGGGAAGGAGAAUAAUACUUGCAUUUCAAACGCUGGGAGUUGUAUUUGGUGAUGUUGGGACAAGUCCUUUGUAUACCUUCCAUGUUAUGUUUAACAAAGCACCUGUUAAUGGGGAAGAAGAUGUCAUCGGUGCAUUGUCUUUGGUUUUGUAUACUUUGAUAUUGAUUCCCCUUGUUAAGUAUGUACUUGUUGUUCUUUGGGCCAAUGAUGACGGCGAAGGUGGCACUUUUGCGCUGUACUCUUUGAUUUGUCGCCAUGCUAAGGUCAAUCUUCUCCCUAAUCAGCUUCCUUCCGAUGCUCGUAUAUCUAGCUUCAGGCUCAAGGUGCCCUCAGCAGAACUUGAGAGAUCCUUGAAAAUAAAGGAGAGACUUGAGACAUCACCCCAUCUCAAAAGAAUGCUUCUCAUGCUAGUGCUUGCUGGUACUUCUAUGUUGAUUGCUGAUGGGGUUGUUACCCCUGCUAUGUCAGUAAUGUCUGCUGUUGGUGGCCUAAAGGUUGGAGUGGCUUCAAUUAAGCAAGAGCAAGUGGUGAUGAUUUCGGUUGCUUUUCUUGUAAUUUUAUUCAGUGUACAGAAGUUUGGGACCAGUAAAGUCGGACUUGCUGUAGGCCCUGCUUUAUUCAUAUGGUUUUGUUCUCUUGCAGCCAUUGGGAUUUAUAACCUUGUUAAAUAUGAUAGCAGUGUCUUGAGGGCAUUUAAUCCUGUUCACAUUUAUUACUUCUUCAAGAGGAACUCAACUAAGGGCUGGCGUGCACUUGGAGGUUGCUUGCUAUGUGCAACAGGAUCUGAGGCAAUGUUUGCGGAUCUUUGCUACUUUUCUGUGAGAUCAGUGCAGCUUACCUUUGUAUUUCUCGUUUUACCUUGCCUUUUAUUGGGUUAUUUGGGUCAAGCUGCAUACCUAAUGGAACAUUACUCUGAUGAUCUGGCUGAGCAUGCUUUCUAUUCUUCAGUACCAAGUGGUUUUUUCUGGCCUGUCUUCCUCGUUGCUAAUUUAGCGGCAUUAAUUGCUAGCCGGGCUAUGACUACUGCUACAUUUUCGUGUAUAAAACAAUCAACAGCGCUUGGUUGUUUCCCCCGUCUUAAAAUCAUUCAUACCUCGCGGAAAUUCAUGGGUCAAAUUUAUAUUCCUGUCAUAAACUGGUUUUUGCUGGUAGUUUGCCUGGUGCUCGUCUGCUCUAUCUCAAGCAUUACUGAGAUAGGAAAUGCAUAUGGAAUUGCUGAGCUGGGGGUGAUGAUGACAACAACAAUUUUAGUAACGAUUGUUAUGCUUCUCAUAUGGCAGAUAAACAUAAUUAUUGUCCUGAGUUUUUUGGUUAUUUUCCUAGGAAUAGAAUUGGUCUUCUUCUCAUCAGUUCUAGGAGGUGUGGGAGAUGGAAGUUGGAUCAUACUGGUCUUUGCUGUAGUUAUGUUUUUUGUAAUGUUAGUCUGGAACUACGGGAGCAAGCUCAAGUAUGAAACUGAAGUUAAGAAAAAACUGUCAAUGGAUUUGGUGCGUGAAUUGGGACCCAAUCUUGGAACAAUUAGAGCCCCAGGCAUUGGUUUGAUAUACAAUGAACUGGUCAAAGGAAUACCAGCUAUUUUUGGCCAUUUUCUUACCACUCUUCCGGCUAUCCAUUCAAUGAUUAUAUUUGUGUGUAUAAAGUAUGUUCCAGUUCCAGUAGUGCCUCAGGGCGAAAGGUUCCUUUUCCGACGAGUCUGCCCAAAAAGCUACCACAUAUUUCGUUGUAUUGCGAGGUAUGGCUACAAGGAUGUUCGUAAAGAGAAUCACCAGGCAUUUGAACAGCUGUUAAUUGAGAGCCUUGAGAAGUUCAUUCGUCGGGAAGCCCAGGAACGUUCGUUAGAGAGUGAUGGGGAUGAUGAUACAGACUAUGAUGACGAUUACUCUAGUACAAGAGUUUUAAUAGCUCCGAAUGGAAGUGUCUACUCGCUUGGCGUGCCUCUACUAGGUGAGUACAAGGACACAAGCAAGUCCAUUUCUGAAGCAAGCACAUCUGAGGAGGCAAAGAUAGGGUAUCCCUCAGAUUCUGCUUCUGAUGCAGAACAGAGUCUUGAAAGGGAACUGUCUUUUAUUCACAAGGCUAAAGAAUCUGGGGUUGUAUAUCUUCUUGGCCAUGGAGACAUUAGGGCAAGGAAAGACUCCUGGUUUAUCAAGAAGUUGGUCAUAAACUACUUCUAUGCUUUUCUGAGAAAAAACUGUAGAAGAGGAACCGCAAAUUUGAGCGUGCCCCACUCGCACCUCAUGCAGGUUGGCAUGACUUACAUGGUUUGACAGUUGAUCUUGAUACUAGUGCUGUAAUUCUGAUACCACGCCACUGCUGUUGAUUGGAAGCUGAACACUCUGGUUCACACAUGGUUAGGGCAAUUUCUCGAUGUGAGAUACAUCCAUGCGUUCUUACAUACUUCAUCAUCUUCCUGACCAUGUCCAGCUCUUUGGAUAGGAUCUCCAACCCGCAGAGAUCUUUAAUUGGGAAAUUUUGUAGUGUUGAUAGUUUCUGCUGUGUUCAACGUAAUUGAUUUUUUUACUAUACUGAGAGAUGAAUUUGGAAUUGACUCCUGUAAUUACCAUUAAAGUGAUGUGAAUCUGAUUUGGUGCAGAAAUUCCUUUUUUAAGUGUCCCUAAAAGAAUUGAUUACCUGA